AUGGAAUCGUCGUCCAGUGGUCCUUCGAUUCUGGAAGACAACCAGAAGCCGUGUGUCGUAACAUUCGUGACGCAGAACGACAGAUUGAACGAACCGCCGCCACAGCCGAGAGUCCGAAAAGUGACAACGGUCAUCAAUACGCUCGCAGUCGUCAUUCGAGACACGCCAACAGAGCUCGGAGUUUGGGUAAUGACUGCGUGCGUUCACAAGAGCAUUCCGAAGACACAUCCUCAUCUUUUCGUGGUAAACGCAUCCUUCCAAAGGAGAAAAAACUAUUCGCAUUUUUAGGAUUUUCGUUUGGGAACAUGGAUGAUUGUGGGAAUUUACCCGGACGGAACAGUCGCUUCUUUCUCGCCAUGGCCUUUAGUUUUGAACGCAUAUCAAACAUUUGUCGGAAACGGCGUCGUAUCCGUCGCCAAAUCAACACUUGACCUGAAAUACGAAACGGUGAACAUUUGAACGUUCUGUAAAGACAUCUCCACUUUCCAUUUCAGACAGUCACACUAGGAGAAUACUUGAAAAAUCACGGAACUGUCAAUCCGAACGACUACAGCGUAUAUGAUGUAGGAAUCGCAUCGAAAGCACCGAAAUGUAACCGAAUACUCUUUUAGCAAGGAAAGUGUGUCGAUUACUGGUUGAUACCGGGAUUUGGGCGCGUUCUGGCACACUGCAGUUUUCAAGUGAAUCACCAGACAAUACGAGAACGAAACCAGCAUAGAAAUAUUUGGCUGUCCUGGUAAUCGAAAUGAUCUGAUCAGCCCGAUCUUCUAUGAGUUACAGGUGCGGCGAGGGAACUCAACAAUGCUGUUGGGCCAUGCACUCUAUAGACAACGAGCAGCCCGAAAUGUUCUCAGAGCAAGACCUGAGAGAUUGCCUGGAAUUUAUCCGAAACAGAGAAAUCGCAGUGAGUCGGGAGUUCUAGACGGUGCUCAAAUGCAUUUCCAGACAGACUAUCCACCUGCGACUAGUCGCGUGGUCGCUCGGCACUUCGGCCUCAUCACCGAAAUCUGCGAAUCCAAGAAGAUUCUGUUCUGCUGGUCCCCGAAGGCCUCAAUAGAGUCUGACCACACUGUAUGGAUUCCGCAACCUCCGAAGCAGAGAGAGAUCGAAAGUCCGCCGCUGGUGCCACUCAUUGGACAGUGGCUUCAGUUCGAUCUUCAAUCGAAAGAUGUCGAAAAGUACAUGACAAGCAAGUUCGGAAGCAAGUUGCUCAUUCAAGAAUAUCUGCCAAUAACGAGUCCCGCUGGAGUCGGUGUGACUCAUACGAACAAUGUUGUCAGAGUGAGCACGCAGUCCUCCUUCUUCCGCGUAUAUUUUCAAACUUCCAGGUCGUGCUCUCUUGCAUUCUUGUCAAAGGAACAGACCAUCCGUUACUCUUCGAACUACCCUACUACGGAAUUGUAAUUGCUCAAAAGAACACUCUCGUUUCGGGGGCUCAUAUGCAGCUAGUGCUCGAAAAGAUGUCAACCCAGAUUGUGAAGAUCAGUGGAGUGUGCUGGAAAGUUAUUUCCUCGAUUGCUGUCAAUCCGAAAGAUGUAAAGGUGGAGAAGAUGCAGGAGUUGCUCGUGCACUAUAUACCUCUCCGAGACUCCAUGGAGACAUCCGUUUUAGUCCAAGGGGAAAUUAAAAGUGAGGAUCGAGUCUUCCGUAACUUGUGAUGAUCAUUUUUCACAGCGCAAACACUGACUUCCCUGAAGCAUUCCGCUCAGAAUUCUUCGACCUCCUCUAAUAUGACAACAGCUCGCACUGGCCCUUUAGUCACAACUCUCAAGUAUCAGCAGCCCCAUCAUCAAUAUUUCCAAGAGGCUCGCGAGUAUUUCCACCCCAGGACUAUCCGAAUGUCCGCUAACGAUGUCCUACCGAUGUACGAUCGGCCCUGGCAGGCCAAAAGAAAGCUGCAGCAGGAGUUCAGCGGUGCGACACUGGUAUGUGAUGACAGUUAUUUGCUCGUUUCUCCUCUGCCGAAUGUUUCACUCCUAGUGCACGAUUAUUAAUGACAGAAAUACUAAUAAAUGUACAUAAAUCAACGUAAAUCUCGUUUAACUCGGCCUUUCGUGUGCUUUGCCUGCUGCAUGCUGCUCAAUCUUCCGAACCUUGUUGCUGCAGGAAGCUCACGCGCUCGUCGAGAAAACGCACUCACAAAAGCUGUCGGGCAUACUGUGGAUCUUCGAAAAUGCCGCCAGUCGUACGAUGUCCGCAUGUUCACCCAGCAAUCUCAAACAACUGUUUCAGUAUUCUUUUAUCACAGCGAAGACGUCUCCUUGAACAUCGGCGAAUACUACUCCGUGAAGCUCGUCCAAGUCAUUGACCCGCAGUCGAAGAACGGCUUCAGAUGGACGUGGAUGAGUGGCACGCGGAAACCGGCGCCUUUUCAACACCACGUUGAUAGAGGAUGUUUGAUAGUGAGUUCUGAAGUUCAAUCGAGAUAAAUCAAUAACUACCUUCAGAUUCAAGAAACGCUCAACUUCAUUGGCGUGGACAAGCACAAGCGGGUGACCUUCCGUGGGAUGUACUUCCCUAACGUUCUUGAUGUUCAUUCGGUGAUUCAAAAUCCAGCAGUGAGACCGGAAUGUCAUGAUUGUAAUUUUCAAUGGUAAAAUUUCAGUGCAACCUUCUCUACCACGUAACGAUCACUCGAAUGAAGGUUCAUUGUUUGCCAUAUAACGAGAACGGAGUGAGAUUCUCACUUCUUUCCUAAUUUUUACUCCAAUCCUCUCGUUUUUAGUCGUUCCACUGGGUAGUUUCUAGCACCCUUUUCCUCCAAGCGGCCCCGCUACAACAGAAGCACAGACAUCAUCAACACUUGUACCAGGCUUAUCCGUCCCGCCCGUUGACACUCCAAUCUGUGGCGACUCUUGCAGGUGACUCAUGUAAUACAUAGUGUUUUGAGAAGAAGCAAGACAGACGUUGCAAGGCCACUCAAAGUCCAUGCUUUCCUCUUCUCUUCCGCUCUUCGUCACCAGACGCUUGGUGGUGAUUUACGACGACGAAUAAAUCACUUGCAGACGCAGCUCGGUCGUCUUCCGAACGUUCUUCGACUAGUUCUCCGCUACAAAAGCACAUUGUGCUGAAUGAAUAA